CUAAUAUCGAUGUCUUCAGAAGUAUAUGUCAGAAGAUGUCAAAAUUAAAAGUCUCAUUAAGUCAUUUAGUAAGGCCUCUGUUUGCCCGUCACAAACUCAAAAAGGCCAAUCUAUUAUCUAGUUUGUACCUUCUAUCUUUCGUUAAGACGUUACGUUACUAUACGCCUUUCGCGGAUAAACAUGACGAAGAGAAAAUUUCAAAACUUUGGUGUCAUCACACCGUUCCUGAAAUUCUUUCUUUAGCCGAUCGCCUUCACGAAGAAGAACGAUAUAUGGACGCGUACGAACUGCUGGACAGAAUACGAUUGGUCAAGGAACCGGAGGUGCUUUGGAGGAUUGCAAGAGUACUUUACAACUUGAGCUUCGAACAUGAAGUUACCAGUGAUGUCAGAUGGGAGAUGCUCGAAGAGGCCCAAGACGUUUUAGAUAUUGCGCUUUCUUUGGGUAUUGAGUCAGCAGAGGUACAUAAAUGGUCGGCCAUAAUCUUAGACACUUAUAACGGCUUGAUAAAUUUGGAAAACCGAGUGAAGAGUUUCACUUCGGUAAGGGAUCAUUUGAAAAGAGCAUGUGAGUUGGACCCACGCGACUUCACGGCUCAUUAUAUGCUCGGAAAAUGGUUUUUUCAGAUGUGCCAGUUGAACUGGUUUCAGAGGAUGAUUGCUAAAUACUUCAUAGCGACGGAACCACCAAAAUCGAGUUAUGAUCAAGCUUAUAAAAAAUUCCACUACUUUACGUUCAAAUCCGCUACGCCGCUACCGCCGAGUAAAUGCCGCUACGGUUGCGACAGGUAUCUACUGAAGGCAGAAGAACUGCAACCGAGAACAUUUUUACCAAACAUGUACUUGUUGGGCGAAACGUGCGUAGAAACUGGACAGUUCUAUAAAGCGAAGUAUUACUUGAAUCUGGCCAUCAGCUUGCCACCAAGAGACGACUGCGAAAGAUGUUGCGUCUCCAAAGUUAGAUAUCUUCUCAGAAAACUCGAGAGAUUUGAUAUGGGCAAAAGCGUGUUAUUUUACGACCCGCUAGGUUUCAACGAUUGAAGUUACAGAUAAGAAGUGUAUCUGAAUGAAAAUAUAUUUGCUGCCGUAUU